AUGGCCAUUCCUGAAAAUGGACAAGUCGCCGAGGGCGAGGACCAGGCCGCUGCUGGCUGGGUCGAGCGCACUGCCUUUGACUACACCGCCAUGGCUCAGGCCCAAGCUGGCUCUACCUGGGACGGCAAUGCCCGUAUCUAUCAGUGGAGCGAUGAAUUCGGAGAUGUCGGCCCAGCUUUUGAGGAGCUUGAGGUUGAGCUUUUUGGCUCCGUUGAGGAUCGCAACAAGCACAUUGGUGGCGGUCUCGAUUUUUCUGCGAUCGAGAGCAUCGAUGUCGUCCAGGAAGGCCCUGAGCGCAUCGAGUACAUCAAGGCGUUUGCUGAUGCUGGCAUUCAUCCUGUCAUGAUGAAGAAUGUGGAACUUUCGGGAUAUCAAGUCCCAACCCCAAUCCAAAAGUUCACUAUCCCGGCCAUCUUGCAAGGCUACGAUGUCAUUGGCGUUGCUCAAACAGGCUCUGGAAAGACUGCUGCUUAUCUGAUUCCCAUUCUCAGUAAACUCAUGGGAAAGGCAAAGAAGCUGGGCGCCGCUCGCCCCAAUCCCCUCACCUUCCAGGAGGGCGUUGACAAUGUGAUUGCGGAGCCGCUGGUCGUCGUCGUCGCACCCACUCGUGAGCUGGCCGUGCAGAUCUUCAACGAAGCCAGAAAGCUCUGCUAUCGCUCUAUGCUGCGCCCUUGUGUCGUGUACGGCGGAACCCCAAUCCGUGAGCAGCUGAGUCUCCUCUCUCGAGGCUGUGAUAUCUUGAUUGGCACUCCUGGCCGCCUCAAAGACUUCAUCGGACGCCCUGACAGACUGACUCUCCGCCGAGUCAAGUACAUGGUCAUCGACGAGGCUGAUGAGAUGCUCAACCAGGACUGGGAGGAAGAUCUCCGCGCAAUUCUCUCUGGUGGAGAACAAGAUGAAGGCAAUGUCAAGUAUGGCCUUUUUUCGGCCACAUUCCCUCGCGCGGCUCGAGCCCUCGCCAAGGAAUAUCUGUCUGCUUCCCAUGUGCGCUUUCGUGUCGGCCGAGCCGGAAGCACGACGGAGAACAUCAAACAGAUUGUCAUUGAGACUGGCCGAGAGAAGAAGAAUGAGCUUCUUCUCAACCUUCUUGAAGAGAUGAAUAGUGUGCGCACCAUCAUCUUUGUCAACAGCCGUCAAGCUGCGGAUACGCUGGACGACUUUUUGUACAAUAUGAAGCUUCCGGUCACUUCUAUCCACAGCGACCGUACUCAGGUGGAGAGAGAGGCGGCCAUGAGAGCCUUUCGCAGUGGCCAAGCCCCUAUCCUCGUGGCUACUGGUGUUACGGCUCGCGGUAUCGAUGUGCGAAAUGUCAUGCACGUCAUCAAUUAUGACCUGCCAUCCAUGGAUCAUGGUGGAAUCGAAGAGUAUACUCAUCGUAUUGGUCGUACCGGUCGCAUCGGUCACCGAGGAGUGGCAACUUCAUUCUUUACCGAUCGUGACGAGGCCAUCGCGAGCGUUCUUACCAGAACAUUGUUGGAGACUAAUCAGGACAUUCCCGACUUCCUGCAGUCCUACAUCCCGGAGAAUUAUGCCGACGGCACCAAGGUCAAGUUCGAGACGGAGUCGGACUUUGACCCCAAUGAUGUUGCUGGUGCUGGGGAUGCCCAGGGAGGCGGUUGGGGAGGAGAUGACACUGGCAACGGUGGAUCCGGUGCAGGAGGCUGGGGCGGUUCUGGGGGAUCUGGUGAUGCCGCAGGCUCUGGCGGCGAUAUGGGCGGAGGCGAUUCUGGCGGCGGCUGGAACACCGGCGGUGAUAUGGGUGGAGGUGAUUCUGGCGGUACCUGGGGUGCAGAGGCACCUUCCACCAAGGCAUGGUAA